AUGGCUAAGUUUUGGCCUGUGAGGUCAAUUGGACAAACCAUACCAUCCAAUUACUUGGACAAGAGACUUGAAGAUGACAAAGAAUAUGGUGUCAACCUAUUCAAACCAGACAAUGGUGCCCGCAUAAAAUGGCUAAAUGACAGGCCAAAAGGCUCUGUCGCUUAUGUAUCGUUUGGCAGUGCAGCAAAACUUGAAGUUGAGCAAAUGGAGGAGCUGGCUUGGGGUCUAAGGAGGAGCAAAACUAAUUUCUUGAGGGUGGUUAGAGAAUCAGAAGCAGCUAAGGUGCCAAAAGCAUCCGUCGAGGAGACAUCGGAGAAGGUUUUGGUGGUUUCAUGGUGCCCCAAAAUGGAGGUUCUGGCUCAUGAGGCUGCUGGCUGCUUCAUUACACAUUGUGGUUGA